AUGGUGGAAGCAGAAGACCAGCGGAUACCAGACCACGCAAGGAGGGAGCCGGUGCAGAAGCACCGCACAAAGAGGAACAGCCUCAGUGCACGUUGGAAGCAGAAGACCAGCGGAUACCAGACCACAGACCACGGGAGGAGGGAGCCGGUGCAGAAGCACCGCACAAAGAGGAACAGCCUCAGUGCACGGUGGAAGCAGAAGACCAGCGGAUACCAGACCACGCGAGGAGGGAGCCGGUGCAGAAGCACAGCACAAAGAGGAAAAGCCUCAGGGCAUGGUGGAAGCAGAAGACCAGCGGAUACCAGACCACGCAAGGAGGGAGCCGGUGCAGAAGCACCGCACAAUGAGGAACAGCGUCAGUGCACGGUGGAAGCAGAAGACCAGCGGAUACCAGACCACGCGAGGAGGGAGCCGGUGCAGAAGCACAGCACAAAGAGGAAAAGCCUCAGUGCAUGGUGGAAGCAGAAGACCAGCGGAUACCAGACCACGCAAGGAGGAAGCGGGUGCAGAAGCACCGCACAAAGAGGAACAGCGUCAGUGCACAGUGGAAGCAGAAGACCAGCGGAUACCAGACCACAGACUACGGGUGGAGGAAGGCGGUGCAGAAGCACCGCACAAAGAGGAACAGCCUCAGUGCACGGUGGAAGCAGAAGACCAGCGGAUACCGGACCACGCGAGGAGGGAGCCGGUGCAGAAGCACAGCACAAAGAGGAAAAGCCUCAGGGCAUGGUGGAAGCAGAAGACCAGCGGAUACCAGACCACGCAAGGAGGGAGCCGGUGCAGAAGCACCGCACAAUGAGGAACAGCGUCAGUGCACGGUGGAAGCAGAAGACCAGCGGAUACCAGACCACGCGAGGAGGGAGCCGGUGCAGAAGCACAGCACAAAGAGGAAAAGCCUCAGUGCAUGGUGGAAGCAGAAGACCAGCGGAUACCAGACCACGCAAGGAGGAAGCGGGUGCAGAAGCACCGCACAAAGAGGAACAGCGUCAGUGCACAGUGGAAGCAGAAGACCAGCGGAUACCAGACCACAGACUACGGGUGGAGGAAGGCGGUGCAGAAGCACCCCCAAAGAGGAACAGGGUCAGUGCACAGUGGAAGCAGAAGACCAGCGGAUACCGGACCACGCGAGGAGGGAGCCGGUGCAGAAGCACCGCACAAAGAGGAACUGCCUCAGUGCACGUUGGAAGCAGAAGACCAGCGGAUACCAGACCACCAGACCACAGACCACGGGAGGAGGGAGCCGGAGCAGAAGCACCGCACAAAGAGGAACAGCGUCAGUGCAUGGUGGAAGCAGAAGACCAGCGGAUACCAGACCACGCGAGGAGGGAGCCGGUGCAGAAGCACCGCACAAAGAGGAACAGCCUCAGUGCACAGUGGAAGCAGAAGACCAGCGGAUACCGGACCACACGAGGAGGGAUCCGGUGCAGAAGCACAGCACAAAGAGGAACAGCCUCAGUGCACGGUGGAAGCAGAAGACCAGCGGAUACCAGACCACGGGAGGAGGGAGUCGGUGCAGAAGCACCGCACAAAGAGGAACAGCGUCAAUGCACCGUGGAAGCAGAAGACCAGCGGAUAACAGACAACGCGAGGAGGGAGCCGGUGCAGAAGCACAGCACAAAGAGGAAAAGCCUCAGUGCAUGGUGGAAGCAGAAGACCAGCGGAUAA